GCGAAACGCUUGAUAGCCGGUAUUAAACGUGGACGAAUUUUUGCCGUGACUCCCGCACAAUUUUUCGCCUGAUUCUGUGGUGUUUUAAAGCUUUAUCCUGGGCACUGGACACCCCGUCACUAUGCCGUCCAACGCAGAGUUCGGCUUCAGCGUUAUGGUUGGCGGACACGUCAUUCCCGAGUACCAGAAAGACCGGGAGGUUUUCGUGGAGACCAACUUGUACAGCCCCGUGUCUUACAAGGAAAAGGAAGAAGUAGUAGUGGACGGACAGACAGAAGUGAACGAGUGGCCAGUGACUCCCUACACGAUAGAGAUCACCACCCAUCCCCACGCACCCCUGGCUCGCUACACCAUCAGUGUUGACGGCUUUGUCGUCACCAAGGUCGUGCUCACAGGAGGACAGUCCAGGGUGGUGAAGGGCUUUCACGAUAACGAGAAAGGCGGCCUCGCCAGCUUUGUGUUCUCCCUGCCAAGAUAUGCCAAGAAUGAGAGUGCUGACAGAAGACAGCAGAAACUAGGGGAUGUGGGAACCAUCAGGGUGACGAGCAAUGAUACCUGGAAAAAGUGGCUGUACGAUCAAAAGCGCAUCACCAAGGGGCACAAGGGCACACCGUUUGUUCCAGCCACUAAGAGGGACGCGCUUGCAGUGACCAGUGGUCAGUACACCAUGGUGACCACUCGGAUGGGCCAGAACAUUCCUGUGGCGGGCAGCUGGGCCAGCUUUGUCCGCAGGUGGAGGUGGACCACGGGCAUGACUCGCGGCGUGCUGGAGGUCAAGUGUCGCACAGAGGACGCCAUCAGGGAAAUGGGGUUCCAGAUCCAGCCUUAUCCUGUCAUCUUAUCCAUGAACAACAACAUCCCAGAUGGUACCAGCAGGGAGGUGAGGCAAGCAAGCACCGGGGAUCUAGAGAUUCAGCUGCAUCCUGUGAACAACAACAAGGUGGGAGAAGUCCCGACAGCUAGCGUCAGCAGAGGGGUUCAGUAUUCUAGUGUGGAUGGUUGGGAGAUCCCAUGCAAUCACAGCUGUGAAAGCACUGUGGUGAACCCAGCUCCAGAAUCGGAAACGUUCGACAACACCAACAUGGGUGCAUCCAACAUCCAGGUGGAGAUGAAUUUGCUCAAUGGUGGGAGCCGAAGGGUCCAGCUGCCUGAAGACAGUACAGCUAGAGAUGCCCAGGUGAAACCAUUGGAAUCUUCUGUUGAAGAAACAGCCAUGACCGACAUGGAGGUAACAGAGUUGUCUGGAAGCACAGAGCCAGGACCAGGUGCCAUGGAAACCACAGCCUGCAGCGCCAGUAGAGAGGUCAAGGCUGAGGACUUGGUGAAGAAGACAGAGGAAGAUUCUGAGUACAAACCUAACAUCUGGCAGUUACAGCACGAACUUAUCGAUCUCACGGCUGAUGACGAGCCUGAGGUAGUUGACCUUACAACUGACAACUACCUCCCAGAUGUCUACGAGGUGAAGUUCACCACUAAGAUUGAGAGUGCUGAAAGAAGACAGCAGAAACUAGGGGAUGUGGGAACCAUCAGGGUGACGAGCAAUGACACCUGGAAAAAGUGGCUGUACGAUCAAAAGCGCAUCACCAAGGGGCACAAGGGCACACCGUUUGUUCCAGCCACUAAGAGGGACGCGCUUGCAGUGACCAGUGCGGGCAGCUGGGCCAGCUUUGUCCGCAGGUGGAGGUGGACCACGGGCAUGACUCGCGGCGUGCUGGAGGUCAAGUGUCGCACAGAGGACGCCAUCAGGGAAAUGGGGUUCCAGAUCCAGCCUUAUCCUGUCAUCUUAUCCAUGAACAACAACAUCCCAGAUGGUACCAGCAGGGAGGUGAGGCAAGCAAGCACCGGGGAUCUAGAGAUUCAGCUGCAUCCUGUGAACAACAACAAGGUGGGAGAAGUCCCGACAGCUAGCGUCAGCAGAGGGGUUCAGUAUUCUAGUGUGGAUGGUUGGGAGAUCCCAUGCAAUCACAGCUGUGAAAGCACUGUGGUGAACCCAGCUCCAGAAUCGGAAACGUUCGACAACACCAACAUGGGUGCAUCCAACAUCCAGGUGGAGAUGAAUUUGCUCAAUGGUGGGAGCCGAAGGGUCCAGCUGCCUGAAGACAGUACAGCUAGAGAUGCCCAGGUGAAACCAUUGGAAUCUUCUGUUGAAGAAACAGCCAUGACCGACAUGGAGGUAACAGAGUUGUCUGGAAGCACAGAGCCAGGACCAGGUGCCAUGGAAACCACAGCCUGCAGCGCCAGUAGAGAGGUCAAGGCUGAGGACUUGGUGAAGAAGACAGAGGAAGAUUCUGAGUACAAACCUAACAUCUGGCAGUUACAGCACGAACUUAUCGAUCUCACGGCUGAUGACGAGCCUGAGGUAGUUGACCUUACUACUGACAACUACCUCCCAGAUGUCUACGAGGUGAAGUUCACCACUAAGAUUGAGGUGGUCUACCUUGAGGAAGAAGAAAACAAUAACACAUCAUUACCCAUGCAAACAUAGCAAAUUCAAAGUUCAUUUUCUCAGGUUGAUGUUGUAACCAACUUUAAUUGAUUUACUGCUGAGGAAUGCAUAUUGCAUGAAAUUGGCAGUAGCCAUAUACUUUCUUCCAGUUUUCGAAAGAAAUCAAACUCUCUACAAAGUAACGUUACAUGGGAGCACGGCCUGGUUUACAAUGUUGGCCACGCUUGCAGGAAAACAGUACAAUUCUAUCUGAGGGAGGGAACGCAAUUUGACAUUGGUCUAUGUUUUGGCUGUGACAUUGGUCUAUGUUUCUGGAAGACUGAGAUUGCCAUCAUUUUUGCCAAGGUGAAGUUGACUUGGUGAUGGUGCUGAAAAGUCCUAAGUGCUGCUGUGUAUACUUCAAGUUUAGUUCAGCUGCACACUCUUAGUCUUAAUUAUUUGUUAUUUUUGUUAAAGGAGCUUAGUUAGUUUAAUGUCAUAGUCAGUUCCAGGUAUGACAUUUCUGAGUGUGUCUAUUUAGAAGUGAAGACCCUACUGGCUGUGAUUUUGAUGCAAACUACAGAAGGAUCAGGAAAUUAAAGCACAUAUGAGGUGCAUUUGAAAAGUUCAUGACUUCUCCUAGAAACAAGUAACAAUCACAUACUCUCUCAAAUUUCAGCCCAAAGUUGUGGAUGCACGAUAACCUUAUCAUUUUCAUGUCAACCUUCUUCUUGAGUUCUUGUUCACCAUGGUUACCAACUGUAGGGCAGCAGAUUAGUUUGACGAAGUACAAGGACUUAAAACCUACCAUAUUGAAGUAAACACAAUACAACUGAAUAUGAGUUGACUGAAAGA